AUGGAACAAUGCAUUAGGAGUAAACAAGGUAUGUAUCUUUUUUGGUUGCUUUGUCUUCCUGGAGCAUUAUGUAUUUCAAUCUACUAUUCUACACCCGAAGAAACCAAAAAUGGUUCUAAAGUGGCUAACGUGCUGAAGGAUUUGAAACUGGAAGUACAGGAAUUCAUUGAUCGCAGAGCCCAUCUCAUUUCUGAAAGCACUAAACAGUAUUUCUCCCUUGAUAUUCAUACUGGGGAUAUAUUGAUAAAUGAUAAAGUAGACCGGGACGUUCUGUGUAGCCAGACAGAUGUUUGCAUACUUACAUCUCAAAUUGUGCUUGACAACCCGUUGGAAUCAUACAAUAUUGAAAUAGUAAUAGAAGACAUAAAUGACAAUGCUCCCAAAUUCUCGAAAAAUGAAUUUGGGAUAGAAAUUCCUGAGAAUGUUCCUACAAAUAUGGUUCUUCCCUUGGAAUCUGCAGAUGAUGAGGACCUAGGAGAAAACAGCAUCCAAAACUAUACACUCAGCACCAAUGACUAUUUUUGGCUUCACAUGCAAAGGAACAAAGAUGGAAUUUACAGCGUGGAUCUUGUUCUAAACAGAUCACUAGAUAGAGAAAAGGUGUCACGUCUCAAUAUCACCCUAAUGGCUGUUGAUGGUGGGGUACCACAGAAAACAGGCACUGUUCAAAUUAACAUUGAUAUUCUGGACAUAAAUGAUAACCCUCCUCAAUUUUCCCAAUCUGAAUAUAAGGUAAAAAUAAAGGAAAACCUUCCUAUGGGCACUGCAGUGGCUAAAGUGGAAGCUACAGAUCUUGAUUUGGGUUUAAAUGCACAAGUCAUCUACUCAUUCCAUAGAACGCCUGAAAGAAUAAACAGUUUGUUCAUUUUAAAUGAAAAGUCUGGAGAAAUCACUCUUAGGGGACAGAUUGAUUAUGAAAAAGAAAGGAGUUAUAGCAUGAGCAUCAGAGCAACAGAUGGAGGAGGACUUUCAGGGCACUGCAAAAUACUAAUAAAGGUUGAAGAUGUCAAUGACAAUGCCCCAGAGGUGUCCAUCAUAUCUCUGACCCGCAUCUUAAAGGAGGAUUCGCCUUUGGAGAAGGUGGUGGCCCUCUUCAGUGUGAGAGACCAAGACUCUGGAGAU